AUGUCUUCUCCAGUACCACAGCUUGAUACCUUUACCAGCUUUCCCAAGCUACCAACAGAGCUACGACUCAUGAUAUGGGAACUGGCUCUGGAUCGGCCUUGUCACACAGUCCAUGUAUACCCUUUAGAAGACGGCCCUGACCCUGAACCGAUCAGUAGGCCGACACUUAAUUUCAUCCUCGAGAGAGAGUAUGAUUUGUGCAUGAAGCAUAAAGGUGAGACAGUAAGCGACUAUGAGAAAGGAGAAAAAGACAAGGGCAUGUGGAAGGCAUGCAAAGAGUCCAGGGAAGUCAUGAAGAAGCAUACCAAAGGACCUCUCGAAUCAUAUUUCGAUAACCUCUUCACAGCGAGACUUACCAGUGUCCUAGGUGCAGAUAUUAUACAUCUCGUACGGAUACCAUAUCUCCUGAACGAAGUCGCCACCAUGGGCAUCAGACCCGGCACAAGCCUUACGGGAAAAGUUGAUAGGGCUAUAAAAUCAGAAAAUAUUUUCCUGAUUGAUAUUAAACGCCCUUUACAUCGCAUGAGCGCCCGUUUCGCUGUAUGGAGGUUUGCCGAGUGGUUUGCGCCCCUUGGUCGAGUCUUUCUCGUUGACUACAGAUUGAAACGAAGUAGGCCUAUAGAGACUGGGGCUAGUGUACCGGAUGUUAUAUUCGAGAGAAAUGGGAGGCGCUUUGUUAAGGUUCGUAUGGAUGGUGCCGGGUGGGAGAAAGACGUUCCGGGACAGGGAAACCAGCGUGUGCGCAAUCUGAUUCCGGACGGACAUCGCAUGAGAUUUCACAUUGCUGCCUGCGAGUACGUAUAG